AGUGCCUUCCAGUCUCACUCACCGAAACGACCUGCUCAGGUACCGCAGCGUGGAUUACCUUUGCACAAUUUUAAUAUUGCGUCGGUGUCGGGUUAAGUUAUUUAUACCUAUGUGUAGGUAAUGGAUAACAGCUGAAUUCAUAAGAAUUCUUUUUAAUAAUUUUAAAGCCGUAUUUUACAUUAUUCCUUUCGAGUCUUCUUUUGUUGUGUGUACCUGCGAACACCUGCAUUCGACAACAAACAACCGCAGUUAUUUAGGAAACAAAAGGCCUCGUCGGAAUUUGCCAGGAAGAGAGUGAAACACAAGUCGGAAAAGAGAAAGAGGACGACAUAGCCACAGUUUUUUCUUUUUUUGGUCUGCACUGUCUUUUUAGACAUGGACCCACUUGAUUCUGGAAUGCGAUACACUCCAAAAUCUCAGGACAGAGAGUGGGAUGCUGCCAUCCAGUUCCUGCCUGCGUCCGACUCCAGCAAGCUGGAAAAGAAGAAAGGUCCAGGGAAGGUUGGGGCAAUAAUUGGCCUGGUGAUCUUUGCUGCAGUCAUUGCCCUCAUGACCGGGCUACUAGUGUGGCAUUUCCACUUUCGUAAGGACACAAGGAUACAAAAGAUGUACAGCGGCUCCAUGAGGAUCACCAACCAGGUCUUCGUGGAUGCCUAUGAGGACCCCAACAGCACAGAGUUUAAAGCACUGGCCAUGCAGGUGGUCUCACAGCUCAAAUCGAUCUACUCCAGAACGCCAGAGCUGUCCAAAUGUUAUGUACGAUCCACAGUGCAAGCUUUCAGUGAAGGCACCGUCAUCGCCUACUACCUCUCUGAGUUCAGCGUGCCGGUGGGGCAGGAGGCAGUGGUGGACAAAACCAUCUUGUCCAUGGACAAAAUAGUGGACAAGCAGCAGGGCCGCAUGAAGAACAGAGAAGGAAACUCCUUGCUCUUUGACAAUGUGGAGUCUAGAGCUCUGGAUGCUCGUUUAUUUAGGUCCACGUUCACAGCCUCUUAUAGCUACUACUACCAUGCCAGGAGUGGUGAGGUUCGUACACUGCAGUCCCCUGGUUUCCCCAAUGAUCCAUACGCUCCCAACACUUUCAGCCAAUGGUGGCUGAGGGCUGACCCAGGUUACGCAAUCAAGCUUGACUUCGACACCUUCAACCUGGAAGAGGAUUGCAGAAAAGACUUUGUCAAGGUCUAUGACUCGCUGGUCGCUAUCGAGAGCCGCAUCCUGAAAGAGGAGUGUGGGCACUACGCCUACAAUGAGCACCUGACCUUCGUCUCCUCAAGAAAUGUCAUGCUGGUCACACUGGUCACCGACGAAACAAACAACUACCCUGGUUUCCGGGCCCAUUUCACCCAGAUCCCUCGCGACCAAGUCUGUGGUGGCCAACUGACGGGAUCCAAAGGCAGCUUCACAUCCCCCAACUACCCCUCAUACUAUCCCCCUCAGGUCAAGUGUGAAUGGAACAUUGAGGUCCCAGCAGGGAAGCAGGUCAAGGUGCAGUUCAAUAAGAUCUACAUGUCUGAGCCGACUGUGAGCACUACCUGUUCCAAAGACUAUGUGGAGGUCAACGGGGAGAGGCUGUGUGGAGACAAGUCUAAUGUAGUGGUCACCGGUAAGACCAACCAGAUGAAGGUGAUGUUUAACUCCGACUCCAACUACGUGGAUCACGGCUUCACUGCCCAAUACGAGGCUUUCAACCCUUCUAAUCCCUGCCCAGACAAGUUCCAGUGUAGCAACACCCGUUGCAUCAACUCCGACCUCAGGUGCGACGGCUGGAAUGACUGCGGGGACAACAGCGAUGAGAAAAACUGCCAGUGUAGUGAAUCUCAGAUCAAGUGUAGAAACACCAUGUGCAAACCCAAGUUCUGGAUGUGCGAUGGCGUCAAUGACUGCGGAGACAACACUGACGAAGACAACUGCGGGGGGUGUAAAUCCGGUGAAAUCACCUGUCGGAACGGGAGGUGUGUAUCCGAGAAGAAAAAGUGUGACGGAACCGACGACUGUGGCGAUAACACGGAUGAGUCUGAAUGCAGCAGAGUGUCUCAGGUCACAUGCACAGAGUUCACGUACAGGUGUAAGAAUAACAACUGCAUCAACAAGGUGAACCCUGAGUGCGACGGCGUGGUGGACUGCGAAGAUGGCUCCGACGAGGCCGAAUGCGACUGUGGCAAACAGCCCUUCAAGGUCCAGCGUAUUGUAGGCGGGCAGAAUGCAAAUGAAGGAGAGUGGCCCUGGCAGGUCAGUCUCCACAUCAAAGGCGCUGGGCACGUGUGUGGUGCCUCCAUCAUCAACAACAAAUGGCUGGUCACCGCGGCCCACUGUGUGCAGGAUGAUAACAAGAUCAAGUACUCUCAGCCAAGUGUUUGGGAGGCCUACCUGGGUCUGCACAUCCAGAAACAGAACACCAAGUUCACUGUGAAGAGGAACCUGAGGCGCGUCAUUGCCCACCCCUACUACAACCACUACACCUUCGACCACGACAUCGCCCUUAUGGAGCUGGACAGCCCCGUCACCCUCAACGAGUACGUCAUGCCCAUCUGCCUGCCCAGCCCCGCGCAUGAGUUCCCUGCAGGAAAGAGCGUGUGGAUCACUGGCUGGGGUGCCACCCGGGAGGGCGGCUACGGAGCGUCAGUGCUGCAGAAGGCAGAGGUCCGCAUCAUCAACAGCACUGUGUGUAACCAGCUGAUGGGUGGGCAGAUCACGUCACGCAUGGUUUGCGCUGGGGUGCUGGCCGGGGGAGUGGACGCUUGCCAGGGUGAUUCUGGAGGCCCCAUGUCCAGCCUGGAGUCCGAUGGGCAUAUGUUUCUGGCCGGGGUGGUGAGCUGGGGCGAUGGAUGUGCCCGCAGAAACAAGCCCGGGAUCUACACGAAGGUCACCAAGUACCGCGGCUGGAUCAAAGAGCAAACGGGGGUGUAGCACAAAGAGUAGGGUCAGGGAGCAGGGAAUAUCAGGGGGAUACCUGGACUGUCCACAGGCAGACAGAGGGGUUGGUUUGCAGAGUAUCCCUCCUUGUUGGUAUCAUUGAUGCUGGGAGCCUGGUCGUGCUCCAGGCAGUCAACAGUUUG